AAAAGCCCCAGGCUACAAAGGGAAACCCUCAAAAUUAUUUCUUUGGUGACAAUAUUGUGCGGAAAUUUCGGUGUUGUGUAAAAUUUUUCGAAAUGUCAUAUAACAAUUCCCCGCCAGAUCAUCAUCAGGAUAUGUUCCAAUAUGGGUAUCCUACACACAAUUAUCACUAUAUAUCAGAUAGUGGUAGUACGGCAGGUGGAGAUGAUACAAAUUUUUGGUCCAAUAGUCCUUCCCGAUCAGAUUCACCAUCCCCGAAUAUAUUACAGAAUACAAUAGGAGGCACAUACCAAAUUUAUACACAAGUAGGCUGUUCUUCAAAUAGAUAUUCACCUUAUCGAAACACAUAUCCAAAUUUAGGUACAGAUACGGAAUUACAUUCAACAGGCCCGUUUGUACGAGUGGUUAAAAGAAGAACGACUGCAAAUAAAAAAGAAAGACGAAGAACUCAAUCGAUAAACAUGGCUUAUGCAGACUUAAGAGAUUGUAUUCCUAAUGUUCCGGCCGAUACCAAAUUAUCAAAAAUAAAGACGUUGAGGCUAGCAACUUCUUACAUUUCUUAUUUGACAAGGGCUUUAGAAACAGACGACCCAGCUGGUGGUUUCAAAGCUGAACUUGGAACUAUUUCUAGAAAAUCGAAUAGUAACCCUGUUCAAGUGAAUGACUGCACUACGGGACAAAUUUCACCUAAAAAUGCCAGUUCGGAAGAUUUAAGCAACUCCAGGAAGGCAAAAGGGCGUACAGGUUGGCCACAGCACGUGUGGGCAUUGGAAUUGAAACAGGAGCAAGCACUUUAACCGAAAUAUGUAGUCUAAGAGACGCCCUAAAAGGAUGACAUAACAAUAAAGAAAGAAACCCUCACAUAUGUAUCUUAGAGUUUUUAUAGACCUUUUGUAGGCCAGUAUUUGAAUAUGGUAUUCUUAAAAUUUAUUAAAAAUGUUAAAUUUUUGCUGUAUAAUGUACAAAUUUAUUGAAUAUUUAUGAAAAUUGAUAAUGGAUUUAUUAUUCUGAUAUAAUAUUUUUCUAGCUUUAAGCAUUCAUUUGAGGUUAUUCUGUGCUCCACCAAUACUAGUUUUAGUAGCCUACUGUUUGAAGAAUAACGAAUCUUUAUGGUUAAAUAUUCUUCAAUCCAUGAUCGAGAGACACAUGCUGGAAAUACUUGGUGAUUCUUAACAUUUUUUCUGGCAUUAAUUAAUGAAUUCAUUGAAUAAUACACCAGAAUAAUAAAUGGUUAUUAUAGACAAAAUGUCUUAUAUAUUAUUAAAAUUUAUAUCAUUUACAUCACAUAUGUGCUUGAAAUUCAUAGCAAAUAUAAAUAAUUUUUGAGGUUAUCUGGCAUUUUAUAUACACUUUUCUUUGAGUGGAAAAUCUAAAUCGUUAUUCCAGUAAUAAAAUAAUCAUAAAUAAGGUUCUUCAUUAAUUUUUGUGCUCUUGUGAAUGUUAUAUAUUUACUCACGAGAUGCUUUUACUGAAAACCCCACAGCAAUUUUGCAGGGCUUCCAUUUAAUAUACCUCGAAUUUUUUUUAAUAUGGAUCUAGUAAUUAUUUAAAAACCAAUAACGCAUUUUAGUUUCAAAUCCCGAUUAUAAUGUAAUGUAUUGAGUUUAAAAUAAAUGGAAUUUUUGACGUAUACACGGAGAUCCAAAAUUGUUUACGUUAAUUUCUAGAACUUACAGUACCUUCAAACGAAAGGUAUUUCUUUAGCUACGUAUUACCCCAUUUUAAGAGAGGAAUCGACAAUCAUUCAAAUAUUUUCUAAACAGUUUCCAUCACAUUGUACAUAAUUUAAAAGUAAUCAUAAGAUAUAGGAUAAUUAAUUUUAUCAAACCUACCCUAUCCCAAAUGAAUAAAUACCUGGUAGUUUUUGAGGGAAAGUGGGGGUAUAUGUUUUUUACUCUCAAUUAUGUAGAAACAUUAUACUAAAAAUUAUUUACAAAGACUGCGCAAGAAGGUACUUGUGAUAGUUUUACAGAUAUCCCCUCCUUCGAUCAAUGGAAAACUGUUAAUAUUUUGAAUUCUUUUUUAACUAGAAAUCUAUUUAUAUAUAUAUAUAUAUAUAUAUAUAU